CUCACAUCCAAAAUUCUUGGUUUUAUAUGUGUCACUUUAUAAAACAAAAGAAAAGAAUAAUAUAUAUUUUAUACUCCCCUUUUCUUUUACUCUCUUAAAUUAUUCAGCGAAAAAGUGCUAUAAAAAUAAAAUGUUAAAAGAAAUGGAAAAUCAGAACAAAAAGGAAGUUCUGGAGGUGAAUGAACCUUCUACCAGCACCCGGACUAACCGAAUAGACGUUCAGAACAAACAGAAAUGGCGCAAUUCUGCAUCCAACUUCUAUGCAGUACAGUCUAUGGACCUGCUGUAAGUAAAAGUAAUGUCUCUGGGUCAAUGCAGACACGGUGUCAAUUGCUCACAUUAAUUUAUUUAUGUUAUGGACCGAGAGAGUAAUGCCCAGGCAUUAUAAAUAAUAUCUAACUCUAUCGGGCACAGAGGAUAAAUGACUAUCAAUAAAAAUCUGGGCUGAUAUCUACUUACUUAUUUUUAAACCAUAUUUCAUGGCGCUGAGUUUAAAUUAAACAAUAAAAUAUGUAUGAUAACAUUGAUAACUAAUCAGCUUUCUGUAAACCGACAGACUUCAGCAAGGUUCUCACAAAAACGCCGGCGAUGUCCUAUUUGACAUGUUCAAAAAUGAAGUAACAGGACUUGUGCCAAUCGGAAAAUUUUUGGCCGCUCUGAGGACAACCGGCAUUAGAAAAAAUGACGCUCGUGUCAAAGAUAUUAUGCAAAAUUUAUACAUAGUGCACAGAGAUUCCAAUUUCGAAGGUACCCCGGAAACACUAAAACUAGACAGGGAAACUUUUAAUGGAGUAAUUAAGCCUAACAUCGUUCUGAUAACGAAGGCUUUCCGCAGUCACUUUGUAAUUCCAGACUUCCAAGACUUUAUAAAAGACAUAGAAGAAAUGUAUUGGGCUGCUAAAAGUAACUACAAAGGAAAAAUAGCUAGUUACAUACCGCAGCUGGCUAGGGCCAGCGUAGAGAGCUGGGGAGUGAGCGUUUGCACUAUCGAUGGACAACGAUUUUCCAUCGGUGACGUGAACGUUCCGUUCACUAUACAAUCGUGCAGCAAACCGCUCACAUACGCUAUGGCUCUCGAGACUCUGGGAGCCGAACUGGUACACAAAUAUGUUGGCACAGAGCCCAGUGGCCGCAACUUCAAUGAACUCGUUCUAGACUAUAACAUGAAGCCGCACAACCCAAUGAUCAAUGCAGGAGCAAUUCUAGUGUGCUCAUUACUGAAGACCUUGGACAGGCCCGACAUGUCCUCCGCUGAAAAGUUUGAUCAUGUCAUAUCAUUCUUUAGCCGACUGGCUGGCAACGAACCCCUGGGCUUUAACAAUGCAGUAUUUUUGUCUGAACGCGAAGGUGCUGACAGAAACUAUGCGCUUGGCUUCUACAUGAGAGAACAUAAAUGUUUCCCAGAAAAAGCUAAUUUCCGAGAAUGUAUGGACUUCUAUUUCCAAUGUUGCGCGUUGGAAGCCAACUGCGACAUUAUGGCAAUUGUGUCUUCCACCUUUGCAAAUGGAGGUAUCUGCCCUAUCACUGAUGAAAAAGUUCUUCGGAACAGCACCGUACGCAACGUGCUAUCUCUAAUGCAUAGCUGUGGCAUGUACGACUAUUCAGGAGAAUUCGCGUUCAAAGUAGGACUUCCAGCGAAGUCUGGAGUGUCUGGAGCUAUGCUCAUAGUUGUUCCUAAUGUUAUGGGCAUCUGCACAUGGUCCCCACCGCUGGAUUCUAUAGGAAACAGCUGCCGAGGCUUGCAAUUCUGUGAUGACUUGAUCAAGAGGUUCAAUUUCCACAAGUACGACAACAUUCGUUACGCGAGCCACAAGAAAGAUCCUCGUCGGUACAAGUUCGAGUCUAUUGGCCUCAACAUCGUCAAUCUCUUGUUCUCUGCUGCGAGUGGGGAUCUCAGCGCACUGAGGAGGCACCACCUCUCAGGCAUGGACAUGACUCUGGCGGAUUACGAAGGUCGUACCGCGCUACAUCUGGCUGCAGCGGAGGGCCACCUCUCCUGCGUAGUCUUUCUCCUUGUUCAGUGUGGAGUCCCGCACGACCCUCGCGACCGCUGGGGCAAGCGCCCACUGGAUGAGGCCGAAACAUUCAGGCACCCCGAAGUAGUCAAGUAUCUGAAGGAGUGGGGGGCCACGCACUCUUCUGACAAGUCAGAUCAUGAAAACACGAGACCACCCACCGUUGAUGACAUUUUAAUAGCUCACCCAGACGCCAAUGACGCGACAAAGGACCCGAGCAUCAUAGCAAUCGUCUCCAAGUUUGAAGAAGACAAAGAAAAGGCUCGAAAACUACUAAUCCGAUAUGGAAACUUGGAAAAAAUAUCAAACACUUUUGGGAAGUUACGAGUCAAUCCACGAGUAACUAAGGCUAUAUUUUAUUCCGGUAUGGGAAGAACGUGGAACUCACGGGACGAAGGUGAAACCGCGGAUAAGUAGCGGAUAUUUUAAGUAUAUAGUAUAGAUAGAACAUUGCACAAUGCAAAAUGAAUAUUAUUGGUAAAAUAUACAGUGUGUACUUACUCAGUAGUAAGUUUCAGAAACUUUGUUUAAUAGCAUAAUAUCAUAAGGUAGGUAACUAAUCCAUCUGUUUACAAAAUCUCUAUUCAAGGUUAAUCUGAUUCUUGGAGAUUAUAACUAUUUUUAUUAACAUUCCAUUUUUGAUACUAAUAAAUUAUGAUAAAUGCUGUAAGUAUAUAUUGUUUUCCGAAUGUUUGUCAAAUAAAUAUAUUGUUGACUUA